AUGCCAGAAAAAACUAUCGUCUCUUGGAACUUGAUGUUGCAAGCUUAUGCUCAAGCUGGAAACUUUGAAGAGACCAAGAAACUGUUUGAUCAAAUUCCCAUGAAGUCGAUGGUUUCGUGGACUACCAUGGUUGUCGCGUAUGCCCAAGCUGGGCAUCUGGAGGACGCAAUCUAUGCAUUUGAGCAUAUGCCUUUUAGGAAUCUAGUGUCAUGCACGGCGGUUUUGCCAGGAUAUUCCGGGACAGGGAAUCUGUCUAGAGCAAGAGAGAUUUUUGGCCAAAUGCCCGAAUGGAAUCUCGUGUGUUGCAAUGCUAUGCUUGGCGUAUAUGCCGAAAAUGGGCAAAUGUGUCAGGCGAGAUCCACUUUUGAGGUAAUGAAAGAAAAGACAGUGGAGUCUUGGAAUAUUCUUUUAAGGGCGUUUCUUCGAAAUGGCUCCCUAGAAGAAGCCUCUGCUCUGUUUGAGGCAGCUCCAGAAAGAAAUCUGGCAUCUUGGAACACACUGAUAGCAGAAUAUACCAGGCAAGGGCAUUUGGAGAAAGCAAGACGUUUGUUCAGCGAGAUGCCAGAGAGGAAUCUCCAGUCGUUCACGAUCAUGAUGCAAGCAUAUUCUGACAAUGGAAUACGAAUUACGGCAUGGAAUGCCGGAGCAAAACAUCCAAGCGUGGAAUGCGAUGAUCUCUGCCUAUGGCGAGAAUAG